AAUAAGGAAUUUGUUUGCCGAGGACAUGACUAUGAAAGGCUGGAGGCCUUCCAGCAGCGAAUGUUGAAUGAGUUCCCACAUGCCAUUGCUAUGCAACAUGCUAAUCAGCCAGAUGAGACCAUCUUUCAGGCAGAAGCACAGUGUAUCCACAUAAUUGCAAACACAUACAGUGCAGUUACGUCUUUCAUGUUUUUUAAGAAAUAUUUACAGAUUUAUGCAGUGACACCAAUUCCAGAAAACCAGGAAGUCCUGCUAAGAGACGGCAUUCCCGAUAACAUCAAGAGCUUCUACAAAGUUAAUCACAUCUGGCGAUUCCGAUACGACAGGCCGUUUCACAAAGGGACCAAGGACAAGGAAAAUGAAUUCAAGAGUUUGUGGGUGGAGAGAACCACACUGAUCUUGGUGCAGAGUUUACCUGGAAUAUCUCGUUGGUUUGAAGUGGAAAAACGAGAAGUGGUGGAAAUGAGUCCCCUUGAGAAUGCUAUUGAAGUCUUAGAAAAUAAGAACCAGCAGCUGAGAACUCUGAUUAGUCAGUGUCAAACUCGACAGAUGCAAAACAUUAACCCCCUCACAAUGUGUCUAAAUGGGGUUAUUGAUGCAGCAGUUAAUGGUGGAGUUGCUAGAUACCAAGAGGCAUUCUUUGUCAAAGAAUACAUCUUGAACCAUCCAGAGGAUGGAGAGAAGAUCGCACGCUUGAGAGAGCUGAUGCUUGAGCAGGCCCAGAUUCUAGAAUUUGGUUUGGCAGUGCACGAGAAGGUGGUGCCACAGGAUAUGAGGCCAUUGCACAAAAAGCUGGUGGAUCAGUUCUUUGUGAUGAAGUCAAGCUUGGGAAUACAGGAAUUUUCUGCCUGUGUACAAGCUAGCCCUGUUCAUUUCCCAAAUGGAAGUCCUCGUGUAUGCCGAAAUUCCAUACCUGUUUCUAUGAGCCCUGAUGGUGCCAGGGUAAUACCGAGACGCAGCCCCUUGAGUUAUCCAGCUGUCAAUCGAUACUCAUCCUCGUCGCUGUCAUCCCAAGCUUCUGCUGAAGUCAGCAAUAUCACUGGGCAAUCAGAAAGCUCCGAUGAAGUUUUUAACAUGCAGCCUAGUCCGUCUACCUCAAGCCUGAGUUCUACUCAUUCUGCUUCACCUAAUGUGACCAGUUCUGCUCCAUCCAGUGCCAGAGCCUCUCCUCUGUUGUCUGACAAACAUAAACAUUCCCGAGAAAACUCUUGCCUGUCCCCAAGAGAGAGGCCUUGCAGUGCUAUCUACCCUACUCCUUUGGAAACCUCGCAGACUGCAAACUCUUGCUUUGCCAAGUGGAAUGUGACUUCUAUCCCCCACUCUACCCGAGAUUCAAUAAGGGAGGCUGAGGAGCUCGUAGGCCCAGUCUCUGCUCUCUCUGAGACUCGCCCGGCAGGAAAAUCUCCCAAUCUGUCUCUACCCUCAGUGUCCCAAGAGAGGAGAAUGCUGUUUAAUCAUAUUGGAGACAGUGCUUUGCCACGAAGUGAUUCCAAUCUGCCGGGCCCUGACAAAGCUGUAAAUGCCACCCCCAGCAGCUGGAGCCUGGACAGUGGGAAGGAAGCCAGAAACACAUCAGACAGUGGAAAGCUUAUAUCUCCUCCUGUACCACCAAGACCUGCACAGACCGCAUCACCAGCAAGACACAUAGCCUCUGUUUCCCCUUCUCCUGCUGGCAGAUCACCAAUGAAGGGGUCUGUGCAAUCUUUCACACCAUCUCCAGUGGAGUAUCAUUCCUCGGGGCUCAUAUCCAACUCCCCGGUGCUCUCGGGGAGUUACAGCAGCGGCAUCUCUUCGCUCAGCCGGUGUAGCACAUCAGAGACGUCAGGCUUUGAAAGCCAAGGCAGCGAACCAGCAGUGACUGUCCCAAGCUACAGCGUUUCUGAGGAGCCUGUGAGAAAAGAAAGUAAAACCCCGCCACCUUACAGCGUGUACGAGCGGACUUUGAAACGCCCCGUUCCUCUACCUCACAGCCUCUCCAUCCCGCCCGCCGCGGACCCACCGGCGCUGCCGCCCAAACCGCAGCUGGUCCGGCCAAACAAUCUGGAAAACAGCAGCAGGAGAACUGAGCAGGUUCCCCGUCCCAGGCCUCUGCCCCGCAAAGUCUCUCAACUAUGAGAAGUCACUUUUAUAUUUAAUUGCAACCAGUUCUUUACCGUUUGUGAAGUAAUAUUUUUUAAAAAUGGUAAAACGUGUUUAGUUAGGCACUUUAAUAUUUUGCCCACCUUUUCUUUUGAGUAAUUCUGAAAUGCUU